AUGGGUGAGGAGAAUACUUCAUCAAACUUAGUGUUGGUUGCUAGAGGAAGGUCGUAUGUGAAGAAAAAUAAUGAAACAGGUGUGAAAUAUUGGAAAUGUGGAAAGCUUGGACAUAUAAAGUAUAAGUGUCCCAACGAGGUUGUGUCACAGAAGAGCUCUGAGUCAAAUGCAAGCAAUGUCUCUCUCGCUGUGAGAGAGGAUGAUCUUCUCUGA